UCUCAAAGUCAAAAGACGACGAUGCAUAACGCCCAAUCUUGAUUUUUACAAGCUAAACUUCGCCAAAGUAACUUGUAGUGCGGUUUACCGACUUUUAAUCGAGGCUGGACUGGAAUGAUCUUGCUCUACUUCGGCAUUCUUGGUCAAAAAUUUGCAAUCGCACAGAAGGGAAUCUGACGAGGUUGCCGUUUCUAUUAUCGUAAUUAGACAAAGAAAAUACUUUAUUUUGAUUUACAGCCAAACAAGACGAUAAUGUUGAAUUUUUUUAUUUUUGUCGAUACAAUGAAGUUUUCCCCGACUUUUACAGGUGACAGGAAGGGAACGAGUUCGCCGUUGUCAUUUCCUUACUGUCGUGAUUAUAUAGCUAUAAAUACCUUAUUGUUAUUAUUAUUUCUCCUUAUAGACAAAGUAAAGCAAUAUACAACGUUUUUUUUGGAGGUAAAAUGUCUCGAACUAUUUAGUGUGGUUAGCAAUGUUUGACUGGAGACGUGAGGUGAACUAUCUCGCCCUACCUCCGCGUUCUUUGUCAAACCACGGCACACGUCAUCACGUUUGAACGUGAGUCGCGGGCUCACAAUUUCUCCAAAACCGCCCAUCUCAUCACCAACCCAUUUGUUACUUUGUGUUAGCAAAUAACGUUUAAAAGAUAACAAAAUCAGACGCGUCGUCACCGGAUGGCCUGCGACGUCUUGUUACAUUUAAUAACUCGUCGCGACAUCUCGUGCCUGCGAUGAGCCACCAACUAAGUGGGCUGUUUUGCAUUGGCGAGGACUUUGACGACGAGGACCUGCUAGGGACUAACUGGACUGUUGGACCUCAGGCAGCCAUGCCGCCCCGCCCCCUAGGUUCUGCAUGUGUGGCCACAAGAGAUUCUGUCAGCAACCUCCUCCAGAGCUCAGCUUCCCCGGGUCCUGCUUCGGCCUCGGAUACAGUUGCACUAACUUUACGGACGCUCUCCUCUGGCAUUCAGGCUCGCCCCCUUUUGACAAAACUCCCUGAGUCCCACUUUGUGGCGCAGCCAAGGCCAGCUGUCACUUUGGCACACUGUCUGCUCGCUGCCAACCAUGUGGGCCCCAGAGUUUCCGGCACCAACCUCCUCCAGCCGAGUGGGGGAUCAUCAUGUCCUUCCUUGAAAACAGUUGCUCCAUCUUUGCGGAAUAUUAUCUCUGAUGCUCAGGCUCUGAGGCCCCAUCCGCCCCCCACACCAGACCUUCCAGAGCCCCAUGUGGGGGCACAGCAAAGGCCCUCCCCCACUGUGCCAUCCUGCCCUCUGGGCCAGGAAACGGUUGCUCCAACAUUGCGGAAGGUCUUCUCCAGCAUUCAAGCUUGCCCCCUUCCAUACCCCACGUCGGUCCACCCUGAGUGCCGCUCGUGGGCUCAGCCGAGCCUUAUCCCAACCACCGUUGGGGCAUUACGCCCGCUGGGUGCCGACCCUGUAAUACCUAAAGACUCCAGCCCCAACCUCCAGCCAAGCAGAGAGAGAUCAGCUCAUCCCCUUCCUUCGUCUGCGCUGGAUGUCAUUAAGCCCCACUUGAGGGCGCAGCAGAGGCCCGCCAUCAAUACCACCGCCCAGGAUGACUUUGACGACUGGGCCUUAGACGUUGCAGACUUGGAGGAGUGUGACCGUCUAGCCGGACCCUUUGCUCCGGAGAAAACGCUACGUACCAACACAGGUGGACGGACCCUAAGAGCGCCAACGCUGACACCCUCCCACCUGGUCCCGCCGCAAAGUGUCACCACCUCCUCGCUGGCCCCCAACUCUCUUUCCAAGACUUUCGGCAAACCUCAGCAGGGGGCGUGGAGCGCCCCCACACCCUCCCACCCACCCCGGGGCCUCUUUGAGGCUAUUUCGCCCGCGCCUAGGGUGUUGCCCUCCCCUUCUCCUGCCUUUAGUCCGCACCCCCUUAGCACACCGCUGUUGACCAACCACCUGGUGCAGCUGGUGUCUGCGUCUAGCAAGAUGUGCCGGAAGAGGCCACGCUCAGAGCCUCGACCGCCCAGGACACGACGCUUCCCUGGCCCAGCGGGGCUCCUCCCACAGCAGCCACACAGUCAUAAUCUGGAUGAGAUUGUGGUUUCCGUUUCUCAGACCCCCACCCAUGGUGUGGCGGCACGCCUUCCAAACCAGGUUUCCAACUCCCAGGCUGAGGAAGAGGAGUUCAGCAGCGGCCCCUGGGCAGCGAUGAAGGUCCAGAUGGGACUGGACGAGCGGAACCCGGCGUGUUUCCUGUGCUCCUACAGUGUGCUCAUGGUGCUCCGCAAGCAGGCGGCUUUGAAGCAGCUGAACAAAAACAAAGUCCCAAAUAUGGCUGUGAUGCUCAAGAGCAUCAACUACACGCACACCGACGCCAAGGCUGUGUUUAGGGAUCCAACAGGCGAGAUUCAGGGCACGUUACAUCGCCGCCUCCUGGAGGAACGCUUGGGAGAACUGAAGGUCGGCGCUGUGCUGCUGCUAAAACAAGUGGGCGUGUUCUCCCCCUCCCAUCGCAACCACUACCUCAACGUGACGCCAAACAACCUCCUGAGAAUCUAUUCGCCCGAUGGAGCCUGCCACACGUCGGGGCAGCUCCCCCCGCUGGUCCUGGAGCCCACAUCGCUGUUGCCCACCAGCAAGCCCAUGUCCUGCAUGCAGCUAGUGUUUGACGAUAAUGACGGUGACGAUGACAGGACGAAAUGCAAAGACAAAAGCCCGCACAAUUCAGGCUGGGACGCAGAUGACUUGGAUGAGCUUCUGGUGGCGCUCCCUGAAGACACCUACAGUCUUUGACGGGAACUGAUGCUUCACUACUGACCCAAAUAUUAUAUUACCUUGAUAAUGUUAAAAACAUGAAACAAA